UCUCUCUCUAUAUUUAUAUGUCUGGCCUCUUUACGUUCCUUUAUUCUCCCAAUGAAUAUCCUUUCGUUUCCCAACAUGGUUUUUUCUCAAAACUUGCUUUUGAUCAUCACAGCUUCAGUGGCGGCGCUUGUUGGUGUUGCUGCAUCUUGCUCAAAGGGAGAAUGCAGGCUACAUGAUGAAUGUUCAUCGAAUCAAGAUUGUGAAGCUGGACUCUAUUGCCUCGCUUGCCCGCUAGGGUUUCAAGGCACUAGAUGUGUUAGAUCAACCAUCACAGACCAAUUCAAGCUUCUGAACAAUUCUUUGCCUUUCAACAAAUAUGCAUUUUUGGCGACUCACAAUGCCUAUGCUAUUGAUGGAUACCCAUCUCACACUAGAGUUCCUCGAAUCACAUUUACCAAUCAAGAAGACAACGUCAUGGAUCAGCUAAAUAAUGGAGCUCGAGCCUUGAUGCUUGAUACCUAUGAUUUUCGUGGAGAUGUAUGGUUAUGCCAUUCAUUUAAAGGACAAUGUCAUGACUAUACUGCAUUUGGUCCAGCUAUUGACACUCUAAGGGAAAUUGAAGCUUUCUUAUCUACACACCCAUCAGAAAUUGUUACAAUAAUUUUAGAAGAUUAUGUACAAGCCCCAAAUGGAUUGACGAAGGUCUUCACUGAUGCUGGCUUGAUGAAAUAUUGGUUUCCUGUGACAAACAUGCCCAAAAAUGGUCAAGAUUGGCCAUUAGUUAAUGACAUGGUCCAAAAUAACCAAAGGCUACUUGUUUUCACUUCAAUUCAAUCCAAGGAAGCAAGUGAAGGCAUUGCUUACCAAUGGAAUUUUAUGGUUGAAAAUCAAUAUGGGAAUGUUGGCAUGAAAGCAGGAAGUUGCACUAAUAGAAAAGAGUCAUCUUCUCUUAAUGACAAGAGUAGAUCAUUGGUGUUGGUGAAUUACUUUAGAUGUAUUCCUAUGAAGAAACUCUCUUGUGAAGAUAACUCAAGAAAUCUCAUAAAAAUGCUUCAUACCUGUAGCGGUGCUGCUGCCAACAGAUGGGCAAAUUUUGUUGCUGUAGAUUAUUACAAGAGAAGUGAAGGAGGAGGAUCAUUUCAAGCUGUGGACCUGCUAAAUGGGAAGCUAUUGUGUGGGUGUGAUGAUAUCCAUGCAUGUGUGGAAUCGCAAGAGGAAUACAACAACAACAAAGGAACAAAAGUCGAGCUUCUACAGCAGGAUGGUUCAUACAUAACAAGGAGUAGUGACAAACUCAUUGGAUGGUAACGAAGCCAAAGGGGAUCCACUGAUGGACAUUGCCUCUCAUUUACCUGCAACAUCAACCCAUUUUAAGAAUAAAGAAUCAUGGGGGCAUUAGGAUGACCCUACAUGCUGUCGGGUAGAAGUGUUGCUACCUAGAGGAAUUGGUGGUCAAGGACUAGAAAAUAGGCCUCACCGGCUGCAUCGACAGCCAUAGCAAAUCCAUAUUCAGACCCUAUAUUUCUAGUGCAACUGGUCAAGGCAGUAGCAGUAAGGAUGGUUGUAAGCACAUUUAGUCCCGCGCCUCGGGCAGAUAGAGUGGUUACCCUAGUUCAAUGGGUGAAGGGUCAAAAAAUAGGUUGUACAACCUAUUCGGGGGAAGAAGACACUGAAGUAGUAUGAUUUUGGUUGAGAAAGGUAGAAAGGGUUACAGAUCAUAUGCAAGUGCAAGAGGAAACCUGGGUGGACUAUAUGACCUAGUUGUUGAUAGAGAAAUCCCACUCAUGGUAAGAAAUUAUCAGAAAAAGAAAAGCAAAAAAAGGGUUGAUUUAGAAAGAUUUUCGAGAGGAAUUUAAAGAGAGGUAUUACUUUUGGAGGCAUAGAAAGGAAAAAGAGUAGGAGUUCCACGACCUGAAGUAGGGGAGAUAACAAUUUUAGAAUACGAGAGGAGGUUCCAAUACUUAUCUAUCUUUGCCACUACUUACCUCCCUACCAAUCAUUAUCGAGUAGAAUGGUUCCAAGAUUGACUUAGGCAUAAAUUAAAGAUAAUAUUAGUAGCUACAUAGUUUCAGUCCAUCUAGGAUCUAGUAUGGGUUGUGCAGGGUACGAAAAGGGUGAUAAAUGAUAUACCGAGGCUAACUAGUGAAUAUAGUCAAAUGGCAUGGUUUAAAAGAAAGGACUUUGUGCCUCAGUCAGGAAGAGCUCAAUAUUCGAAGAAGGGUAAAGGUAGUCAGUCUUUUAGGCAACUUCAAAAGGGAGGGGGAAGUUUUGUUCAUAGAAGGAGUUUAGGGAGAGCUAAAUGGGCCGAUACCGGGGGACAUACCAAGUGUCAAAAUCAGUAAGGAGCCAAUACUACAGGAGGACCCGCAGAACAAAGGAACCCACCUAUUCAUUGUGUAUGAGGUAUAAUCAAAAGCACCUUAGGGACUGUUUUACAACACUAAAAAGAUACUAUAUUUGUAGAGGUGAGGGGCACUGAUGGAGGGACUACCAAUAUUUAGGGAGAGGUUGCUUCCAUUAUGGGGACACAGGUCACAAAAAAAAAAUAUCCACGCAAGGCCACUAAAAGGGUAUAAAGAUAGGAGGUUACCACACAAAGCCAACAACAAUUAGUGAUAGUGAAUUGACCAAUACGACCUACUCAGUCAAGAACAAGUGCCAAUAGGGGCCGACCCCAAUUCUAAAAAGAGAGGACCUGAGGCAAGGUAUUUCAUAUGACUCAAAAAGAUAU